AUGCCAGAAAAGCAUAUUUCAAGCGAUUUCAUUAAAACCACCAUGAAUAUGCUCACGUUUAUAAUGGAUCGAUAUGUCACAAAUGAUCAAAAUCCUAAACGAAGUUCGCUCGCCAAAAAGAACGUGUUGAAAGCCAUGUCAAGCUAUCAACAACUUCUUUCUGAGCGGAAAAAGGCAUUAGAUGAUGGCGGUGUGAAGGUAUUGGAAGAUGGCGAUGUGAAG